CAGAAGUCAUUUUCCCCACAACUGAAAAUAGAGGUAUAUUCCGCGUCACAAGAACUUCUUCCACUUUCACUCUCUGUUCUCCGAGCAAACAAUAUUUGGAUAUUCCGUUCACCGGACCCCGAAUAUCCGUCUGCAAGUAAUCUUCCUCUCUCCGCCCAAUUACCGCUACCCUGUUAACCUCUAGACACGUGAAUCCCCUUUCUAUUUUGGCCCUUUUUGUAUACGGAUUUUACAUUAGGGUUUCUUCCUAGUACUUCUGGAAUUGAAACCAAUUUCUCAUAUUUAAUUGAGAAAUAAAAGCAGCGAUGUUUACUCCGAAAAGGCAGUGGCCGGGGCCGGCCAUGACACCCAAGAGUGAAGUGCGUGGGACGCCGAACCCUACUGGGAAGAACAAAAUGGUGGCUUUUGUUGACGGCCCUCCGCCACCGCCGCCGACGAGCUUGUUGAGUGACAACGGGAAUGCAGCUGAUGUGGAGAAUAUGGAGGAUUGGAGGAGGUUUCGGGAGGUGGGGUUGUUGGAUGAGGCGGCGUUGGAGAGGCGUGAUCGGGAGGCGCUGAAGGAGAGGCUUGAAAGGCUUGAAAGAGAGCUCUUUGAUUACCAGUAUAAUAUGGGAUUACUUCUAAUUGAGAAAAAAGAGUGGACUUCAAAACAUGAAGAACUUCAGGAAUCUCUUCUAGAAGCGCAGGAGGUCCUCAAACGUGAAAAGGCGGCUCACUUAAUUGCAGUUGCUCAAGUGGAGGAGCGAGAAACAAACUUGAGAAAAGCUUUGGAUGUUGAGAGGCAGUGUGUGACUGAGCUUGAGAGGUCCCUGCGUGAAAUACGUUCAGAGAAUGAGAAAGUCAAGAUAACAUCUCAGACUAAGCUGGCUGAUGCAAAUGAUAUGGUGGCUGGAGUUCAGGAUAGGUCUUUGGAUGUGCAACAAAAGUUGGUUGCUGCCGAAGCCAAGCUUGCUGAGGCAAGUAGGAAGAGUUUAGAAUUGGAGAGGAAAUUGCAGGAGGUCGAAACACGUGAAAGUGUUCUUAAGAGGGAGCGCAUGUCCUUUAAUACUGAGCGAGAUGCACAUGAAGCAACUUUCUUAAAGCAUAAAGAAGAUAUGCGAGAGUGGGAAAGGAAGCUGCAGGAAGGGGAAGAGAGACUUUGUCAGAAUCGGAGACAUAUUAAUGACAGAGAGGAAAAGGUAAAUGAACUCAAUAGGAUGUUCAAGGAGAAAGAGAGGGAACUCGCAGAAGAACAAACGAAACUUGAGUUGGAAAGUUUGGCCCUGAAGAAGAAAGAAGAGGAAGUGAAUAAAAGACUUGCCGACCUAAUUGUAAAAGAGGAAAAAGCUGAAUCUCUCACAAGUAAUCUAGAGAUGAAGGAGAAGGAGUUAAUUGCGUUGACGGAGAAGCUGAGCUCUAGAGAGAGAGUGGAGAUUCAGAACAUCCUUGACGAACACAGAUCUGCUUUGGAAAUAAAAAAGCAGGAGUUUGAAAUGGAAAUGGAUGAGAAAAGAAAGUUGUUUGAGGAGGAGACUAAAGUCAAACUUGAUAACUUGGAUGAGAAGGAGAGUGAAAUAAACCAUAUGGAGGAAAAAUUGAAGAAACAGGAGCAAGCGCUGGAAAAGAAGUCGGAUAGGAUUAAGGAGAAAGAGAAGGAGAUUGAAUUAAAGUUUAAAGGUCUGAAGGAAAAAGAGAAGGCCCUCAAAUUGGAGCAGAAAAAUCUAGACUUGCUGAGGAGAGAAGUAGUUUCUGACAAAGAGAGUCUGCAAAACCUCAAAGAGGAGCUUGAGAAGAUGAAAGCUGAGAUUAGUCAGAAGGAGUUGCAAAUUCAUGAUGCAACUGAAAAGCUUAGGAUUACUGAAGAAGAGAGGAAGGAGCACAACCAUAUGAUACAGGAACUGAAACAGGAGAUAGAGAGGUACAAACAUCAGACUGAUUUGCUUUAUAAGAAAAGUGAUGACCUAAAGCAAGACAGGAAGAAAUUUGAGGAAGAGUGGGAGGCUCUUGAUGAAAAGAGAGCAGAGCUUACUAAAGAUUUAGAACUCCUCGAGCAAGAGAAAAAGAUGAUUGAUAAAUUGAAAUCCUCUGGAGAAAAACAAUUGAAAGAGGAUAAAAUUGCCACUGAGGCUUACAUUAAGAGAGAGUUGGAGGCUCUUAAACUUGAGAAAGAAUCUUUUGAAGCCAGAAUGAAGCAUGAGCAGUCCAUGCUAUCGGAAAAAGCUCGAGAUGAGCAUAACAAGUUACUUCAUGAUUUUGAGACUCGUAGAAGGGAUCUUGAGGCAGAUAUGCUGAAUAAGCAAGAGGAAAUAGAGAAAACUCUGCAGGAAAGAGAAAGAGCACUUGAGGAGAAGAUUGAGAAAGAGCAUAGCCAUAUUGGUCAUAUGAAGGAAGUGGUCCAGAGGGAGAUGGAUGACAUGAGGUUAGAAAGGAACAGAUUGGAGAAGGACAAACAGAAUAUUGCACUGAAUAAGCGGCAGCUGGAAGAGCAGCAGCUAGAAAUGCACAAGGAUAUUAAUGAACUUGGAGCUUUAAGCCAAAAGCUGAAGUUGCAGCGGCAGCAAUUCAUCAAGGAGAGAAGCCGAUUUGUUUCAUUUGUUGAGACACUGAAAAGUUGCCAAAAUUGUGGGGAUAUGGCGGGGGAUUAUUUGCUAUCUGACCUUCACAUCACGGAACUAGAUGACAAGGAGGCCUCUCCACUUCAGGCAUUGGGAGAAGAACUUUUGGAAAAGGUUGCUUCAUAUGAAGCGAAUGCUAAGAAAACUCCUGGUGAGAAUGAACCUAAAUCUUCAGAGUCCGGUGGGCGUAUUUCUUGGCUUCUCAAGAAGUGCACUCCAAGAAUCUUCAACUUGUCUCCUACAAAGAAUGUUCAAGAUGUGCCUUCUCAAAACUUGGACCAAGCUUUGUCUGAUACACUGGUUAAUACUGCUGAAAAUGUUGGAGGCCCCAGCAUGCCAGUUGGGACUCACGGACGAUCAGGUACUCCUGAAGUAGAUCGUGGAGUACAAGAAGUUCCAGAAGAUUCCCAGCAAUCGGAGCUGACGAAUCGUCGACGCAAAUCCACCAGAAAACCAAGCCGUGGAGUCCACAGAACACGUUCUGUUAAAACUGUAGUUGAAGAUGCUGAAGCUUUCUUGAGAAGGAAUUCGGGAGAUGUAAAUCCAACUGAGGAGCAAAAUAAGGAAGCGCCUGCUUCUGUGGAUGAGGAAAGUCGUGGAGAUUCCAUCCUUGAUGGAAAAGCAGCUAGUACGAUUCCGAGAAAGCGAACUCGUGCACAAUCUUCUAAAAUGACAGGGGGAGAGGAGACCGAUGACAGUGAGGGUGGUUCUGUAAGUGUGACUGCAGGUGGACGCAGGAAAAGGCACCAAACGGGUGCUCCAGCUAUACAAAAUGCUGGGAAACCGCGUUAUAAUCUUCGGCGUCAUAGGACUAAGGGCAAGGACGUCACUGCUUCUAUGGACAGCGUGAGAAAAACAGAUAAAGAAGUUGGUAAUGCUAUUGUAUCGCCGGAGACUGAAAUUACUUCCGCACCACCAGAAGAAGUCACCAGUCAGAAUGGCAACCCUGUGGAACUAGUGCAGGUUGCUUCUUAUAAAACUGUGAAAACACACAUUGUCUCGACUGAUAGAGUAGUCCGGUUUCAGACAUCGGAAGCCAACAUUGAUGAAAAUGCUGAUGCUGCAAAAUCAGCGGAGUAUGUAGAUUUGAGUGAGGAGGUGAAUGGUACUCCAAAGUACAAUGAUGAUGAGCAUGACAGUACAUUGCACAUUGUAGAAGAAGAUGAUGACAAUGAAGACGAUGAUGAUGGAGACGAGAAUCUUGGUGAGGCUUCCAUAACUAGGAAGCUUUGGACAUUCUUCACAUCGUGAUACUUUACAUCUCCUGUGGUUUGCAAAGGUGGAAAGGGAACACUUGUAUUCUUUUAGCAUGCCAGUUCAUUAGAACUUUAGUUGUCGAGAUGUUGUGUAUUACCAGUAGGAAAAUCAGAGGAUUCUUAAUUGUCAGGGUCUCUUUUUCUUUUAGAACCCUUCCAAGUAUAAUUAGCUCUAUAAUCAGGUUAUCACAUUUGCUGUUUCAAUAAUUGAAUUUUCACUGUUUUCUUUACCGGACCAAGAUCAAUCAAUUCUUAGCAACCUAUGGGUGAAA